UUUAUGGGAAAACAGCCAAGUUGUCAACACAAGUUGUGUUCAAUAACAAGAGGAAAACGCAAAAUAAUAUUAUGGGGAAUCAACUUGGGUUUUAUAUUAGCAGCGAUGACGAGGAUGCAUUUGAUACUUCGGACAGUGAACUAGGCCUAAACGUGAUCAAUUUUGCAGUGAAUGCCAUGGACAUGGAGCUGCGAUCUCCGUGCUAUCACUCAAACGACCUGCCAGUUAUUAGAAACAAACCCAAUCUGGAGAAAUUUCAGAACACUGACAUAUAUAAAGAGAUAAGGGCCUCUAGUGGCCUUGUAAGCACAAACGCUGUCGAAAGCUGGAAUCUGGUGCGUGCCCUUCAGCAGCGAGAGAAUGGGCUGGCAGCUCCCCGCAACUCUUCGUUUUCAGACAACCAAAAGCGAUACAUCUCUAAUAUGUAUAUACCAAAUAAGAAGUCGCAGCGCCUGAUGUCGCUGGACUCCAAAGUGUUUGUGACCAAGUUCAAUCGCACUGGCAGUAAGCUGCUGACCGCAUGCCAAGAUGGCUUUGUGCGCAUCUAUGACGGCGCUAAGGGAACAUACCACCUUCUGAAUCGCAUUCGUGCCCGAGAUGUCGAGUGGAGCAUCAUUGACGCUGACUUCAGCCCGAAUGGCCAGCACUUUGCCUAUAGCACCUGGUCCCGAUCAUUUUUCAUAAUGCCCGUAAAUGGAAAUGAGGACGACUGCCAGUGGAUCGACGUCAACGGUCUGCCAAACCAUCGCCUGGCCAUAUUCUCGCUGCGCUACUCGCCCACGGGUGACAAGCUCAUCGGCGGAAGCAACAACGCCAUGAUCAUUGUGACCGACAUUCGCACACGAAAUACUCAAAUCUUGCGCACCCACCGUAUGCCUGGCACGGACGUGAACUGUGUCAGCUUUCUGCAUGACAAGGACCCCAAUGUGAUAGUCGCAGGCUGCGACGAUGGCCUGAUUAAAGUUUAUGACUUGCGUACCUCGUUUCGGUCACGAGAGCUCUCAAAGUCUGUCGCAUCCUUUAUUGGGCACUUUGAUGGCGUGACCUACAUUGACUCGCGUAACGAUGGCUACCAUGUGCUAUCGAAUUCCAAAGACCAAAGCAUUAAGAUCUGGGACAUGAGGCAGCCCGGCAACCUGCGCAACCGCAGCCGUGCCAGGCAGCAGCAGCUAGACCUCGCCAUGUGGGACUAUCGCUGGAAUCGUGUUCCACGAGAAUUUUAUAAUCCGCACAAAGCUCUUGAAGGAGACUCGAGUAUUAUGACUUAUCGCGGUCAUAGGGUUACCAAAACGUUACUCCGGGCCAAGUUCUCGCCCCUAGAGCAGACUGGUCAACGCUAUAUAUACACAGGCUGUGCCACUGGACGUAUUAUAAUUUACGAUGUGCUAACUGGUAAGAUUAAAGAGGCUAUAGAGGGACAUAGGAAUGUGAUAAGAGAUCUGGACUGGCAUCCGGACCGAGCGGAGAUCGUGUCUGGAUCGUGGGACACACAUGUGCACUUGAACAACUUUAGUCGCAGCAACGCGAAUCGCCUGGCGAAACCGGACAAGAGGCCGCUGCGUCGGUCACGUCGCUUGGCGAAUCGCAAUUUAUCGCCGGACUAAUGUUUACGUUAACGUAUUUCGUAAUUAGCGCCUAAGACCCCUUAAGAUUACCUGUUAGAAUGGACAGAGUACAUUACAUUCAUUGAGAAACCACUUGCGCAGGCGAGCGAGUUGGGCUCCAUCUUGGUUCUAUGAAGAAGACUGAAGACAAUGGAACAGUUUAAAGGUUUUUGUUCAGUUUAAUUAAUUUGUUACACAUUAAAAUGUAAACCAAGAAGCUUACCAACUACCUACACUAAGUUGUUUAUGUACAAAACAAUCAUUAUAAGAAUCACGUUGAAUUAUAUUUCGUUUGCUAAAACUAUA